AUGGUCGACAAGAGGCGACAAAUGAAAGCGUGCAUACCAUGCGCUAAGCUGAAGAUACGAUGCGAAUUCGCACCUCCCAGUCAGAAAUGCAACCGGUGUGUUCGUCUCGGUAGAGAGUGCCAGAAACAGGCACCUGGUGCACACAGCAACCCUAACAAGCGAAAUUGGACGAAUCACGAAUCAGAAAUUCGACGAUUAGAGACGAUGGUCAACUCCAUGUCCCAUUUAGUGGCGUCUCGGACGUCGGAUUCUGUUACUCCGCCAGAUUUUAUGCAGCCUAACUCACCUACCGAUUUGUCAGCAGUGUUUGAGCCAGUGACUAACUGUGGCGAUCCCGAAGGCUUCCGGUGUAUAAAGCUAUUCACAGAAGAAAUUGCGCCGAUGUUCCCAUUUGUUGUUGUUCCACCAGAAAUAAAUGCGGGGCAGCUACGUCGCGAGAAACCACUUCUGUACAAAUGCUUGUUAAUGGUCACAUGUCAGAACGAUGUGAGCCGCCAGACGAACCUUGCUCGAGCGAUUGGGGACGACAUCUUUUACUGCUUAGACCGUAAGGAAAGAAGCCUUUCCAUACUACAAGCGAUCGUGGUAUACGUAGGAUGGACCCAUGUACAUCAGCACCAAGGCGGUGCCGGGUUUCUUAUCCCAGUGCAUCUGGCCCUCGCAAUAGUUACAGAACUGAGGAUUGACGAAGAGGCACAGCACAAGUCCAACAUCAGCGCCGGUGCGUUGCGUGGUAUUUGGAAGAAAGAGCCCUCUCGGGUUAGAACUCUGGAGGAGCGCAGGGCUUACCUGGGGGUUCUUUGGAUGGCUUCCAUGAUAAACAUCUGCUUCCAUAAGAUGGUCACGCCAAGAUUUACGAAAUACACCGACGAUUGCUGUCGCGUCCUAGAAGCAGCACAGGAUCAUCCGAAUGAUGUUUAUCUUGUGGAACUCGUUCGAAUGCUGAAACUGGCCCACAGAGUGGAUAAAGUCGUUUACCAAGACGCGCUCGACGUGACUAGCGAGAUGUCCCUACCGUUAGUGAUGGUGAUUGGCGCCCUCCAAGAUGAAGUGGCGUUACCGACGAAAUUCAAGCCAUCUGAUCCAGUCCAAGCAGUGCUGUCACAGCUCUCGCAGAAGAUGCUGGAAUUGCAUCUUUGCAAGCUAGCUAUUGAGGACGCCUAUUUCCCGCCCCAGUCUCCUCAUACCAGGUUCCGCGCAGACCUCCUUGUGGCUUGCCUCUCCACGAUCGACGCGCUUCUCGAUACGUUCUGCGACAUACCAAGCCUUGCGUUACUUUCUCUGCCAUAUGGGUAUUGGGGUAUAGUCGGUCACGCUAUAAAGAUUCAUUCGCGACUUUCCGACGUCAAAUACGGGCCGUGGAGCCCGACCGUGGACCCGCGCCGUACGUUUGAACGACUGGCGCAGAAGAUGGAGGAAGCGAAUGCCGCGGGACAGAACGCAACGCCGCCACGAAGAAUGCCUGAAUUUUAUGAGCAAAUUGUGGCAAAAUUGAGGAACUUGGGCGAAGUCAAUCCCAACGAUACAGGGCACGAGGCAUUCCAGACCGGCGGCGUUUUGCUGGACCACGACAUGAUGGGCGGCAUUCUAUUCGACCUUCUUGACUGGGUCUAG